UUCAAUGGGCUGGAACUGUCAACAUAAAAAUGAUAAAAACUUCCUGAUUUUGCUGCCAAGAUAUGAAAUUACACUAGUAAAACCUAUAUAUUGUAAAUCAUAAACAUCCCAGGUUUCCUUUGAAGUCACCCCGAGCCAAUAAAAUGCCGAUUCGAUCGAGAUAUAUGGCUGUUUUUGAUGUGGUGAUGAGAGUCCCUCCACUUUUCGUCCUGGAUUCCGUGCUGAACAGAAGUUUCCUUCUGUUUUUCUUCCCAGAGUUUCUGUCGUCGGAAGAAUCAGUUAUCAAUCUGAAAGCCCUGAUCUGGAUCUUGGUGUCAUUGAUAUGUUUCAUCUGUGCGCUGCUGAUCUUCUUCCUGCCAACAGAGCAAUUGAUCUACACCUACACUUACCUUAUCUCUCUGGGAAUGGUAGCCAUCUCAUAUGUCUGGAACAGGAACAUGGCAAUGAAACUUUCGAAACCAUUGACAUUAUCAGAGGACCCAGGAGAAGCAGUGACACAGCAUAUUAGAACUUUUCUAAUCAAUCUAACGCUGCAGUUGGGAUUGUCUUAUAAUUUCAACAAUCUGCGUGUGGAACCGCCGUGGAUGAGGCGUGAAGUCUACACAAAUUAUCUCUCAACAUUUAUGCGAUGUUUCACCUAUUCUUCAUACCUCCUACCCUCCCUGUGUAAGUUUGUCGGCCUCCCUGAUCGUGUCGUAUGUAACAUGCCCAUGAUAGCAAUGGUAUUUCCUAUUGUAGAACUCCUACUACUACUGGUUACAAAAUUAAAGCACAUUUACCACUCAUUGCUAAUGGGUUACAUGCUAGGUCGGUAUGCGAUUCGACAUUAUGGUAUUCAAGGCUACAUUGAAAAUCAAUGGAUACGACUUAACGUACCUGACGUUCUUCGUGUGUUCUGGAUCACUAGAUUUGUCUAUCAAGUUAUUCUUCUAAGUGGGUACCAAGUGUUUGAAAACUACAACAAGUUGGGUUACUACACACUAUCUGUGGAUAACCUGUGGGCUAUUAGCAGGCUUCUAUUGGUCUAUGGCUGUGACACUGUGAUAUCACUAUCAGGAAUGACAAGUGUAGUUUCAUACAUCACGCAAAAUAUUGGACUUCUCUUUGCUGGAUUCGUUGGAUCGGAAAACGAAGAGGGUCAAAACAUGGGUUCAGUUUCAGCAAUUUUGUUCUUUAUAUUGGCAUUACAGACUGGAUUGACUGGUUUAGACGCUGAUAAACGGGUUCAACGACUGUAUAGAAACUUCUGUUUAUUAUCUACUGCAAUUUUACAUUUUGUUCAUAGUAUGGUUUACCCCUUAUUGAUGUCACUGAGUGCUUCUCGGAACACGUCUGUUUCAAAACACAGCCGAGUUCUGACAAUGUGUGCCUUCCUCAUUAUAUUUCCAAGUUGUUUUCUGUACUAUUUAUGGACCCAACAUACUGUUAGUACAUGGCUGUUGGCAGUGACAGCCUUUAGUAUUGAAGUCAUACUAAAAGUUGUAAUAUCAUUACUUCAGUACACACUCUUCAUGGUUGAUGCAUGCAGGGACACGUUUUGGGAAGAAUUAGACGACUAUGUAUAUUAUGUACGUUCAACAGGAAGCACCAUUGAAUUCUUCUUUGGGAUUUUCUUAUUUUGUAACGGAGCCUGGAUUAUGGUGUUUGAGUCCGGUGGGACAAUAAGAGCAUGCAUGAUGUGUAUACAUGCUUAUUUCAACAUUUGGGUUCAGGCAAAAGAAGGUUGGAAAACAUUCAUGCGAAGACGGACUGCUGUGAAUAAGAUAAACUCACUGCCCUCAGCAACUUCAGCAGAAAUUGACUUGCAUAAUGAUGUGUGUGCUAUUUGCUAUCAAGAGUUGAAAACCGCACGCAUUACUCGUUGUCAUCAUUUCUUUCAUGGUGUUUGCUUGCGGAAGUGGUUAUAUGUUCAGGAUCGUUGUCCGCUGUGCCAUGAAGUUAUUUAUAGCCCAGAAGAUUUAGACAGUGAAAAACCGUCCGAGGCACAACAUGAAUGGGGACAGGAGAAUGGAGCAGAUGCUGCGGCCGAGGAUCCAAGAAAUGGAGAUUUACAAAACAAUAACGAUAUUCAACCGAAUAAUAUCAGGGCAGCCCAUAGGACACAAUCUGAUGAACAACUUGCUCACCCACACCGGGACUAGGUUGGAGUGAAAAAAAAUCUGGUUUCAAGCAGCCAACCAGCGUGGUCAGAUUGAAGAUACACCAGUACUAAGGGCCCAGUUUACUUACAGUAAAAGUACUUCUUACUUCUUGUCUGAAAACUGGAUAGAUGCUCUCUUAAUUUAUAAAAUCUUGAUUUGCAAUGUGUUUAGGGGUCGUAAAAGUCGACUAAUUCUUCAAGAGUUACUGCAGGCUGGAGUUAGGGGUCCAAGUAGUACAUGUACAUGUACAUUCAUGCACAUGCACAAUGAGAGCACUUGGUCUAGUUCAACUCUGUACCAAGAUUGCUCUCACAGAAGUAAAUAGUGUUGAUCUGCAUUGUACAUGUCCUGCGAGAGAAUAGAGACCCCUAACAGCAACUGUGUGAAUAUUCAUCUGGCCAACCUGGCUCCUGCCUGUGGCGUCCUUUCAUUAUACGUGAUUGUGAAUUUUGCAAUGUAUAUACAUGACAUACGGUGAACCCUAUCCGAGGUGAAUUUUUUCAUCAGCCCAACUGGCAUGUGUUUGCCGCUCACAGGCAAAUGAAAUGUGUGUUUCUUUUUUCAAUGAAAGCAUGAAAAUGAAUUUGGUGAACAUAGUAAGGAUCACCCAAUUUUUUUCCUUUGGAAUUUUCCUCCUAAAAACAAAGAAUGUUGGUUGGACUUAAAACUUCUCAUCUUGUAGUUGUACAUUUUAGGCCACUGGCACUGAUAAUUCAUUAAUGUUUCCAUCUUCUAGAAGCUAACUGUACUCAAUUGGUUUAAAAGUUUUACGAAGAAUGUAAUAUUGUGCAUAGUCAGAGCUAAAUUUUACAAGUGUCAUUAUUUAAAAUGUUGGCACGGACGGAUAGCUAUAUCCAAAAAUUCACACCUGAUUUGACUGUUUGUCUCAUUAGUUUUAAUAUGCAGAUGGAUUCCUUUCUUGAUUGUGACCAAAUUGAUGAGUCGGAACAAUGUGCUAUUGUGUUAGCUUACAUGUAGUCCAUGUUGUAACCUGAGUAGGCCCUUCCACAGUUGUUCAAUUUGCUAUGAAUUCAAUAUUGGUGUGUGUCCUUGUGUGUGGCUCACUUUUAUGAUCACAAUAAGAUAGUUGAAAGUACAUUAUGUGUGAAGAUGUUUAUUUAAAGAUGUAAGAGUAUGCUUGUUAUCCCUAAUAAAAAUAUAUAAAUUUUCUUUUUUCAAAUGAAACUUGCACUUCUCUUAUUAUCACACCUCUGGUGAGCUCGAUAAGCCAAGGACAACAAGAUUGUGGACAAGAAUAUCACAUUUUCUACCUGAUGGGUAGAAUAAAUGUUACCGUGAUUUCUAUAUUCACACAGGAGAUAGGCCACUUGACUUGGAUCUAAGUCCCAUAAAGCCAAAUUGACAGUUACAAAAUCUGCAUGGUCUUGGGCGUCUUCACACUGGCGAAAAACUGUCUCAUUCUUCUCACCGUGACCUGCUUUUCUGGCAGGAAUUCCAUCCUUGUCCCAGAUGUAUUUACACCGGAGAAAGACUCUGAAUCUUACCACAGUGACAAGGUUACAUUGACAGUGGCUCCCUUCAUUUGAUAGGACCAAAAAG